UGUGAUGUUUACAGCGCCUCAUCAUCCUCAAAACAACACAGACAUGUUUGUUCUCCGAAGCGCCCUCUUGUGCCUGCGCUGUCCCACGGCUCGUCUGCUGUAGUGAACGACAGCCAGGCGGAGGAGACAGUCGUACGGGAGGGCUGCCCGAGGAGCUAGCCUUUAGCCAGCAACAUUCAACGAGCAGCCGCCUGAAUGUCGAUCCGCAUGGGCUACUCCUGCUUAAACUCCGAAUAAACCAGCGGAACUGUAAGAUACGGAUCCCAGGAUGGUGUUAGUGCAUGUCGGAUAUCUGGUUCUUCCCGUAUUCGGCUCAGUAAGAAAUAGAGGAUCCCAUUUCAGCCGGCAACAGCAGCAGCAGCACAGCCAUGCUACCUCUUGCCGGCACUUCCAGUUAGGCCCUCAGGCCCCGUUGCCCAUGGACUUCCCCAUGCCCCACCCCGGGCAGCCCCAGUCGGGCAUUAACCCUCACCUGGCUCCCCCGGGUCACCAGCAUGGCCCUCCACUGCAUCCCCCUCUUAACCCCAUGCCCGCGCCACAGUUCCAGGACCUCCCCGCCCCCCCCUUCCUACCUCAGGCAUUACACCAGCAAUACCUCCUACAGCAGCAGCUCCUGGAGGCCCAGCACAGACACAUCCUGCCACCCUCCAGACGCACUCCAGAGAGAGUCCCACAGCAGCCCCACAGACUGCGGCCGGGCUACGAGUUCGCUCCCCCGAUACACGUCCCGCCUCAGCCUGUGGUGCAGCAGCCGCGCUACCUAGCCGAGGGAACAGACUGGGACCUAAGCGUAGAUGCCGGGCUGCCUCCCCAGUACCACAUCCACCCUCUGCCGCAGCACUAUCAGCACUACCUGACCUCUCCCAGAAUGCACCACUUCCCCCGGAACAACGCCUCCACACAAGUGGUCGUUCAUGAGAUCAGAAACUACCCUUAUCCUCAGCUGCACCUCCUCGCUCUGCAGAGCCUCAACCCCUCCCGCCACGCGUCUGCUGUGCGAGAGAGCUACGAGGAGCUGCUGCAGCUGGAAGACCGACUUGGCAGCGUCAACCGAGGAGCAGUUCAGACCACCAUCGAGAGAUUCACCUUCCCCCACAAAUACAAGAAGAGAAUACCCCAAGACCUGAAAAUGUGUCUGGAUGACGAGGAGCUGGACACCGAUGAGAAGUGCACUAUCUGCUUGUCGAUGCUGGAGGACGGAGAGGACGUGAGGAGAUUACCCUGCAUGCACCUCUUCCACCAGGCCUGUGUGGACCAGUGGUUGGCUACGAGCAGGAAGUGCCCCAUUUGCAGAGUGGACAUUGAGACCCAGCUGACACCCGACAGUUGAUAACUCUCCAACUCGCUCGGCUGUUUCGUCGUGUAAUUCUCUGUUGCCUCCUGCGGGGGACGCUCUGCCAAAACCUUUCCUCUCUCCCUCUGCACCAGUCUUUGAGCCUGCCUUUGAAGACAGCAGCGACAGAGGGGUGAACAUAAGCACACUAACUACAACACAACGCGAUGGGCGUGGUCAGUCGUCGAGGGGUGGGGCUAGGGGGCGGAGCAGGUCAGAUGAUGGACAGAUGUGCUGAGGCUCUUAGUCUAUUUGAACACUACCUUUAAUAUCAAAUGCCCUGCUCUCAUGCUCUUUAAAGACGUACUACGUAACUUUUCUAAUGAGGGGUCAGACAUCUGCUUGUUUCCAUGGAGAUGUUAUUUAUCGCUUUGCCUGGAAUGUGUCGCAACUUGUCUCUCUUGUAUUUAUU